AUGGUUCCAGUUGCUUCCUCAAUCAACUCAGCACCAGAGGACCCACACUGGGGAGAUAAGCCAUACGAGUGUGGGGAGUAUGGGAAGAGCUUCACAGAGAGCUCCAACCUGACGAAGCACCAGAGGACCCACACUGGGGAGAGGCCCUACGAGUGUUCCAAGUGUGGGAAGAGCUUCAGGUUGAGCUCCGACCUGAUUGUGCACCAGAGGAUCCACACUGGGGCGAAGCCCUACGAGUGUGAGGAGUGUGGGAAGAGCUUCAGCCAGAGCUCCAACCUGAUCAGGCACCUGAGGACCCACACUGGAGAAAGGCCGUACAAGUGUUCCGAGUGUGAGAUGUGCUUCGGAGAGAACUCCAGCCUGAUGAAGUACCAGAUGACCCACACUUGGGAGAGACCCUGUGAGUGUUCCAAGUGUGGGAAGAGGUUUAAGACCGGCUCCCGUCUCAUCCAGCACUAUCAGUCACACAGAGGGGAGGCCCUUCCAAUGUCCCAACUCGCCUCCCCAGCUCUCUCCAGCGCCUCCCGCAGGACCCGCCCGAGACUGGGGCGGCUCCCGGGGGUCCCUGAGGGGGUCCCGGGGGGCGCCUGCUCCAUGCCGGGCCCCGGGGUCAGGGACCGCUGCUUCGGGCUCGGCUCUGAUUAG